GCAUACUCCUCUUUUGGGAAGCUUUUCGACGUGGCAGACGGGCGUGGCAGUGGCAGUGCUUCCGACUGUCGUGUCCCUUUUCAGCUUACCCCGGAUGUUGUUGACGACGACGGAAAGGGCCGCGAUGGGGCGCCCAGUGGUUCGUUGUGUUGAGAACCUCUCGGGCUUCUUUGGCUUCGUCAUUUUACCGGAGAAAGUUAUAAAUCUCGGUGGAGCACAAGACAAGGAUGGCGCCCAUAAUCUCGUACCCAUAUUAUUGCGCAAAGGAACAAAGUAUCCAACUUUCUCCUUCGCCCAGAAGAGAUCAAGAGGAUCCAAGAGCCUUGUGAAAGAUACGCGUGCAAGGCCACAAGGAUUCGAUGAGGCAGCGAGUAUGUCGGAGGACCCCGAGUGGCUUUAUGGAUACGGCAUCCUGUGUCACCAACGAGGACUGACAACCGCUGACGACCCAUGCGAGGCCACGGUCAGGACGGGCCAUGGGAAUUCUCAAAGACCCAAAAAGGAAAAAGCCACGCGGAACACUGCGUAUACGGCGCUAUACGGCGGAACACAUGAUAUGCCUGCCCGAGGGAAGUUAAAGUGGUUGAUGGCCAGAACAUCAAACCACAGCCCAAGCCGAUCGCCCCGUUGGCAGCUGGACAUGUCGGUCCUGAAACACAAAAUUCGAGAUCUUCGUUGUAGGGAUACUGUAUGUAGGUACAUACUAUGUAGAUACUAUGUAGCUGUCAUGGAAGUCUGUCAACACCUGCUGCAGCAUGUCAAGCCAUGCAGAUGCCGAUGUCUCUUUCGACGAGGACUGACCCUGCAAUGUUGUCGAGCUGUACCCGUCGCUGUCACUGUCGUCCCUUUUCCCGUCCGAUGUUGUCCCUGUAGGCACCCCUUCACUUAAGGACUAAUAUCUUUCCGUGUGUCCCGCCCACUGCCUUUGCCUUGACUGCCAACUGAAAGAUACUUGAUGUACGCACCUCCGUCUAUAGCCUUCCUCCUUCUUUUCCAGAAACUUGUGAUCAUCCUCCUCCUACCGGUAAUCCUCCGUCAUAUCAUCUCGAUCACGAUCC